CCCGAUUCCAUUUAAAACCAACUGUCGAUAAUUCAAAGCUUCCUCUCUUUGAGCAAACCUCAUAGAUGGACCUCUUUGACCAGUACAGAAUCUUUUCAGAUGAGCCGGAGUCAGAGUUCCCGUUAGGGGACAUUGAUUACGGUUUUGACUUUGUCUCGUAUGCGGACAAGAACGGUUUCGAGCUGCCAGCGCAGGCCGCGGAGCCAACUGACCAGCACCAGCCAGCUCCCUUUGAUUCUCCUGCUCUCACCAUUGAGAGUGCAGAAUCCACGCAGAUAUCGUCCUAUUCUUUCGAUAAGCAAUGGGCGUUCAAGCCUCUGGAAGGUUUUGAACAGCUCAGUCAAAAUUGGGAAGUCGAUAGGACUGUUUCUUUGUCCUCCGCCGACAUCGAGCACAAUUACCUCAAUCUUCCACCGGACGAGGAUGUCCAGACUCAAAAGGCCGAUUUUGGACCCGCCUCAAAUCCGGCUGCCAUCAAGGAAAAAAUCAUUGAGAAGAGAAAAAGACUCAGUCUCGAUAGCAAAAAGCCAGGAACUAAUGGUUCCGAGGCCAAAAGUCCUUUACACAUGGGAAGACCUUCACUAUCCCCUGUGAAGAGUUUCAGUUUUACUCAUGAUAUGAAUUCUCCACCGAAACAUACGCAUUUACGGUCACCAGUAAUCCUUUUAAAGUCUCCUGUACUCCCAGGAGGAGUGAUCCGGUCUCCAAGACCCGAGGACUCUCAUGUCGAUCUGUCCAGCGAGCAGGUUGUUGAGGAUGUCGUGGACAUCAUCAAAACCGAAGAGCGCAGAAACUGGCUUAGAGGGCUCCUCUAUCUGUUCUUGACGGUGGCAACCUGGGUGUUUGGACUACAGUUGACAAACAACGUUUUGAAGGGAGAUUCUUAUCAGCAUCCCUUAUUUGUGGCCUAUAUAAAUGGAGGUCUUUUUGUCAUUUUCGGGAUCAAGCCCACGAUCAAAAGUCUGAUCAAGGCUUUCAGAGCCUCCGAACCUAAGCUCGACGAUUCUGCCUUCAAUUCCUACGAUUCUUGCGAUUCCUCAAGCAUAAUUCUCCUCGCUCCUUCCACGCACCUUUCGCUCAAAGAGUUGAUAAUUGUUGCCGUCCAAGCUGGUCUUGUAUAUUAUGCGAAUGCUGCGUUAAGUGCAAUUGCUUUACAGUAUACAAGUGCAUCCAACCAAACGAUUCUGACAACCACAAGCUCCGUCUUCACGCUUCUACUCAGUUAUAUAUGUGGUGUCGACACAUUGUCCCUAGGCAAGAUAUUUUCUGUCCUGGUCAGCAUUGCAGGGAUAUGUUUGAUAACGCUCAACAGCUCGCCGUCUUCCGAAUCCACAUCUUCCAAUCCAAUGUUGGGGAAUUGCAUUGCCCUUUGUGGGACGUUUCUCUAUUCUUGCUACCUAGUCCUUUUGAGGGUCAAGAUAGGAAAAGAGACAAGCCCUGACAAUGAAAAGCUCAUAUUUGGUCUUUUGGGACUCAGCAUCCUCAUAUUCGCCUGUCCGUUACUUCUGAUUGCAAACUUCCUUGGAUUCGAAAAACUCUCUCUUCCAGAUAGCUCUACAAUUUUCUGGAUUGUCUUCAUUGGAGGACUAUUCAACUGCCUCUCAGACUAUUUUUCAAUUCUGGCAACCUUGUUGACUUCUCCGCUGAUCACCGCUUUGUCACUAUCCACCGCGAUUCCCGUCAACAUGAUUUGCGAUUCCGUAUUCUACAAAGUGAAAAGCACAUCAGCUAGAUAUUAUCUUGGCAUAAUCCUUAUUUUCUCCUCGUUUGUCUUUGCUAAUUUGUCAAACGAGGACGAAGUGGUACAGGAGGCUAUUGAAGAGGCUAUCGAAGAGGCUAUUCAAAAUGAUGAAAUGCUUUCUCCAAUCUUGUCGCCGUAUCUGCAGCAGCAAAGUCGUAUGGACGACGUCCCAAAAAUGAACAUCAAUACUUCGCAAAGAACAGGUCCGCCCACACAGGUGGUGGUUGCUGGAGGGCACAACCAUAGGUACUUCAUCAGAGAAAUUCCACCAAGCUAA